AUGGAAGAACAACAACCAAAAGAAACGCAAGCAAUCGAAAACACACUUUCGCCUUCAACUUCAACGCAGACAACAGUUCACGAUGUUGUCAUGGAGGAGGCAACCACUGUACUUAACAGUACUACCGAAAAGGAUAAUAAAGUGAUAGCAGACACAGCGAUGAAUAAUCAAAGAAUUGUAGAAGAAUUUCAAUACCUUUUAGAGAAAAGUCAACAAUUAUUUGCAGGUUUGAGUGAAACGAACUAUCUUCAUGAAUCAUAUAUAUUUUAUGAAGCCAUCCGCGAAAGGUCUUAUUUCAAAGAUGUGCUGGAUGUCAAAAACCCAGCUUUAAUGAUUAAAAAGCUAAGAUAUUACGCUCGAUUUAUCGUUGUGUGUCUAUUGUUGAAUAACAGGGAAAUAGUGCAAAAGUUGAUGGAUGAAUUGAGUGGACUUGUUGAUGAUUACAUAAGAAUGUUUAAACCGGUGGACUCAAUUGAAUGGCAAUCGGUACUUCAAGAAAUAGGAACGUUUCUGGAGGCCGAGAAGAAGCUCGUGCCGAUUUCUCCUGGGGUUAAUUAUCUACCCAUUACGCGUCGUCUUCAAAUUGAAAGAAGUCCGAGGCUCGAAAAAGAUGGGACACAUAAGCUGAAACUUCAAGAAUCAAUUUUAGUGGGCAAUUGCCAGAAUCAAAUAAAAUUUUCGGAACUUACGCUUGAUAUGUAUCAUAUAUUACAGUCACUUGAACGUGAACCCGCUCCACCAAAAACUGCGCCCAAGGCUUCUGCUGUUGAAAGUUCUUCUGCAAAUGAGAGAGUAACCGGAAAAGAUGACACAUCGGUCGAGGAACAAUCAAGUAUCAAUACACAAGCUGAUAAGACCGCAUCAAGAAGGGUUAAUCCACACAAAUAUCUUUUGUACAAACCGUCUUUUAGUCAGCUAUUGGUCUACAUUGCGACGGCUUUUAAGGAAAUUACCGAAAAUUCUGCUAUGCUGCUUUAUAUUUCGGCGGAUGGGGCAAAACGCUCAAAUAACAACGAUCAGAGAUACGCUGGUGGUGUUGCAACGAGUUCUCGUAAACCAGCGGAAAAAUCGGAGGCAUCCGAUAAUAUCGCGUUGAUUAAUUGUCUGCAUCCAGACGAUCUGGUACCUUUUACUCGAAAACCAAUGUUCUUGAUCAUCGACAGCAAUAAUAGUACAGCCUUUUCGAAUUUCCCCAUGGUUUUCAAUCAACCGUUCCUCUGUCUCAUGUCACCCACCGAAUACCCUACGUCUAUAUCUGAUACUUCUCAGAUCGGUAGUCUUUUCACGUUGUUUCUUCACGCUCCUCUUCUCGGAUUCGCAUUUAUUUCGGGCAUUAGCAAAAUGGAUCUUGAGGAUUGGGAAAAGUGUGUAAAUCUAGUUUGCGAGGCCGAGAUGACGAUAGUCGAACUGUUCAACUCGUCUAACUUAGAAAGAUCGUUAAAACGGUUUUUGCAGGAUGAUUUUCUUCGUCAAUUUCUCAUACGAUUCGUACUGUGUAACGUGUUAUUGAAGUCGCAUACUAGCUUUCAGGAGGAAAAGAACCUUCCUUCCUCCUGUCCGCCAUUGCCAUCUACUAUAUUCGAUUCCCCCGAUCUGCUGGCAAAAUUGAGUCAAAUUACCAAGGUGGCUCAAGUGGAGAAAUUCUAUUCAUUUCCAACAUUGGUGGUUGAGGAAGAGGUCAAUGAAUCGACGACGCAGGCUGAGGAUCCUAUCGAAGAUAAAACCUCUCCAGAGGCCGAAUCUAACAACUAG